AUGGGUAUCAACGGCUCCAAGGUGUCCGAUGGUAAGCAAGCGGAGCAAGUCAUUGCUCAGACUAUCUCGGAGCACAAGAACAUUUAUAAAAUGGUGGAUAUGCAUGGAGGUGGAGUGUUGAUCAAGUUGGCGAGGAAAUGCAAGGAAAUAGAUUGCUACGAAAUGCUGGACGCUUAUCUCGAUCAGGAAGUUCGGAAAUUUAUGUAUAACGGAGGGAAAGGAAAGUUGAUGCCGGUGGCAGAGUUGGUGAAGGCGAGGAAUAAGGGUAAGAGUGGACCAAACAUUCUGGAUGAAUUCGAUCAAGGACAGGCGGAGAUGGCGGGAGAUUUGAAGAAAGCAUUGAAACUGCUCGAUGGUGGCGGAAAAGGCGGGAAAUCAGAGUCAAAGUAUAGGGAGAUGGUGUGGAGUGUCGAUGAUAGAGGUCUAUCCCCUCUCCACCUCGCCAUCGUCAACCAGGACGCUCAAUUCACGUCUCUCCUGAUCCGUCUGGGCGCUGACUUGAAUCAGAGAUGUUAUGGAGCAUUCUUCUGUGCAGACGAUCAGAAAGCGAGCCGGACGGAUAGUUUGGAGCACGAAUUUGUAGAGCUCUCGAAGAAUACAAAUUAUACGGGAACAAUGUACUUUGGGGAGUACCCGUUACACUUUGCUGUCUGCUUGGGACAUCAUGACUUGUUCCGCAUGCUUCUUGCCAAAAAAGCGAAUUUGAAUGCACAGGACACCAACGGGAAUACUGCAUUGCAUUUGUGUGUGAUACAUGAUAAAAUGGAUAUGCUGGAUGCUGUUCUGGAUGCGGGGGGCAAUCCGAGAUUGGCGAAUAAACAGAACUUGACUGCGUUGACGCUGGCGGCUAGGUUGGCGAAGAAAACGAUGUUCAACAAGAUCCUUCAACUCGAAUGUGAGAAAGUUUGGACGUAUGGAGCCUCCCAAUGCGUCGCUAUCCCCCUCACAAAAAUCGAUACAAUCGAUGAAGUGACUGGCGAAAUGAAUGAUACCAGUGCGCUGUCUCUAGUGGUUUAUGGAGAAUCCACUCAACACUUGGAACUAAUGGACGGGUUGAUAGAGCAGAUUCUGGAUGAGAAGUGGAAGGCGUAUGGGCGGGCGUUGUGGUUGAGAUCUUUGCUGGGAUUCAUUUUCUUUUAUUGUUGUUUUGUAUCGGCCUAUAUGCUUAGGCCUUCCUCGGCGACAACGGAGCACAUCACCCGAGGACGAAUCAACGACGAUGGCGAGACCGAGUCGACCAACUCCACCAACUACCUACAAUGGCACCCAAUCGACACUCAAUGCCACCUGAUGUAUUAUUCGGAGUGGCCGUGGUACCACGGAUGGUUCCGACUCGUUUGUGAAGUUAUGACACUUGUCGUCAUGCUCUUCCAGAUUCUUUUCGAUCUAGGAGAUAUCCGCCGGAUUGGAUUCCAGAAAUGGUUCAAUUUCCUGAAAGCGUUCCCUGCUAAACUUAUGUUCAAAGGAGCCUUCUUGUUUAUUCUGAUCUCAAUACCCUGCCGAUUCGCUUGCUCGUUUCACGAAGUUUUUCUGACUAUUGAUAACACUAUGGCGAUUAUUAGUGUACUUCUUGUGACUCAACACUUUUUGUAUUAUAUGAGAGCUAUCCCAUUUGUCGGACCAUUUGUCUUGAUGGUUUACACUAUCAUCGCAACGGAUCUAGUGAGAUUUGCUAUGAUUUAUUCGAUUUUUUUGGUCGGAUUUUCGCAGUCGUUCUACCUAAUUUUUACAUCAUGUGAACGGGAAUCGACACUUAUCAAAAAGACGGAUCCAAAUGGUUCGGAAUUCAACAAUAUCAUGGAGAAUCCUAUCGACGCUCUGCUCCGAACUUUCAUCAUGACAAUUGGCGAGUUCUCAGUACUCUACAGAGAAAUGGCGGCUUGUGACAACUUUUGGAUGAAAUGGAUCGGAAAAGUGAUCUUUUUGAUCUUUGAAACUUUCGUCUCCAUUCUCCAAUUCAAUUUGCUGAUUGCCAUGAUGACACGGACCUACGAGACUAUCUUCCUAACCCGGAAAGAGUGGAAACGUCAAUGGGCUCAAGUCAUUCUGAUGCUUGAGAUGGGUCUGACACCGGAAAGUCGGAAAAUGCAUCUGCUGAGAUACACGAGACCCACCGGGAUCAAUAAGAGGGUCAGAAGUUAUGUGGUGGUGACGAAAGGGGAUGGUGAGAAGACUGAAAAUGAGGAAUUGGCGGCGAGAGAGGCGAAAGAGGAGCAGAAGAGAGAGGAGAGGAAGCAACUGCUGAGGAAGAAGCAGAGGGAGCACGAAAUAAAGGCGAAAGCAUUGGCUUUGAUGAGCGCUAAGCUCAAAACGGAAGUCAAAAAGCGGCGGAUUCUCCGGCAACAAACUGUUGAUGCCAACUCGAAACUUUAA